AUGCAUCGGCAAACACCAUCCAGAGCGCUCCUUCUCUGCACCCUUGCUGUCCUGAGUGGCAAGGCAGUCGCCGAGGAGGCUACAAAGACAGCCACCGCAUCCACGCCUGUAGUCACACCCUGUGUCGCAACAGCAACCACCGGCGCCGGCGCUUUCUUCGACCUACGACCCGACACCGCAGUAGUUGUGCCCGAGGGGGAGAAGCCACCAAAGGGCUCGCCUGUUGACGAUUAUGUGGCUAGAGGCUGGGAUUAUGGCUCAAACUUUACUUUGAACUUCUGCAGUCCCGUGGUGAAGGAGGUGGAGGAUGUCGUCGGACUCGACAAGGAUCUAUGGAACAACGUGAGCGCAUACUAUGAAACCAAGGGCAAAAUAUAUGCUUUAGGAUUAUCAGAUGGAAACCUAGUACCCCGAGGGCGCAAACUUGUCCUUCAAUAUACAGGGGGAUCCCCGUGUGGUCUAUCAGAUGAAAAGAACAGGGAAAAGAGAUGGGAGGUCCAUGACGGAGCGACAUACAAGUACCAUGAAUACGACGACGACGACGACAACGACAACGACAACGACAACGACGGUGAAGACGCCGAGUCAAGGCGUGCAUCGAAAGACAAGGAUGAUGAUGACGAAGAUGAUGACAAGAAGGACAAGGGCAAGGAGAAGCCAAAAACACAACGUCGCAAGUCGGCCACAUUUUCUUUCCUUUGUGACAGGGACCCAGAUACACCUACGGCUGCUUCAUUUGUUGGCACAGAUCCGGAUGAGUGCGCCUACUUCUUCGAAGUCCGUUCAAUGCACGCAUGCUCUAUCGCCGAGCCCCACAAACCUGGUAGCGUUGGGCCUGGCAGUGUCUUUGCCAUUAUCUUCUUCAUCGCGGUCUUGGUCUACGUGGUUGGAGGUGUCUUUUACCAGCGCACAGUGGCCCACGCCAGGGGUUGGCGGCAGCUGCCCAACUACAGCCUGUGGGCUGGCAUCUGGAGCUUUAUCGUGGUAUGUCUUGGUGUCAUACUUAGGUUUCCUUGGACUAUAGCCGCUAACCUACGGUGGUACCAUACACUGUCCGGAUCCCCAAGUGGGAGACGCCACAGCCGAGACGCCGAGAAUCGACUAAUUGAUCAGCUCGAUGAGGAAUGGGAUGAUUGA